AUGGCGGGCAUUCCGUCUCCAGGGGUUCAACAACCCGGUGGUGGUAUUUCCAGUGGCCGGUUCCCUACAAAUAAUCUUCAAGCUUCCAUGUCUCAGAUUCCUCAUGGGCAUUCUGGGAUCAGCAACAGAGGAGGUAUGAAUGUUGGGGGGAAUCCUGGAUUUAGUAGUAGCAUGAAUGCUAUUGGUGGUUCAAUACAAGGUUUAUCCUCAAACUUGGCUAAUGUGGGUAACCGCAAUUCUGCUCCUGGGUUGGCAGCUUCUCCAGUCUUAGGGAAUUUAGGUCCACGAAUAACAAAUUCUGGGAAUAUUAUGGGUGGGAGCAAUAUUGGGAGAAGUAUAAGCUCUGGAGGACUUUCUAUGCCUAGUAUUGCAUCUCGCAUGAAUUUAAGUGGCAACUCUGUAAGUGGGGCUAUCAACAUUCAAGGAUCCAACCGUAUGGGUAGUAUACUUCAACAAGCAUCCCCACAGUUUAUGAACUUGCUUGGAAGUUCUUACCCAACACCUGGAGGGUCACUAUCUCAGAAUCAAGUACAGUCAGGAAGCAGUUCUUUAGGAUCUUCUGGAAUGCUAUAUGAUGGAAGCUCAGGUGACAAUGCUCCAUUUGAUAUUAAUGACUUCCCUCAGUUAACUGGACGGCCUAAUUCGGCUGGAGGUGGUCAAGGACAAUAUGGAUCACUGAGAAAGCAUGGAGUAAGUGUCAAUGCCAUUGUGCAACAAAAUCAGGAAUUCAGCAUUCAGAACGAAGAUUUUCCAGCUUUACCAGGAAAUAAAGGUAGUUCCUCAGAUUAUCCUAUGGAUAUCCAUCACAAGGACCACCUUCAUGAGAAUGUAAAUAUUAUGCAAGCACAACAUUAUCCUAUGGCUAGACCAUCUGGCUUUAACUUGGGAAGCAGCUAUCCGCCCCGUCAACAUCAGCAGAGUGCUAAUUCAGUUCAAAAUGCUGGGCUGGAAACUAUUGGACUAAGACCAUCAAAUUCUCCAAGUCCGUCAACUAAUUCGGGGGUUUAUGAGCAAUUCAUGCAGAAGUACCAUCAACCACAGACUCAAAAUUCACUUAGGUUGCAGGCAUCUUCAGGUCCUCAACAGUACAAGGAUCAGAGCCAAAAAUCCGUUCAGGGAACACAGGCUGCGCCAGAUCCAUAUAGCUUACUUGGAUUGUUGAGUUUAAUAAGAAUGAAAGAGCCUGGACCAACAGCUCUUGCUUUGGGGAUUGAUUUGACAUCGUUGGGGUUGAAUUUGAACUCCCAAGAUAAUCUUUACAAGACAUUUGGCUCUCCGUGGUCAAAUGAGCCAGCUAUAGGAGAACCUGAUUAUCAGAUCCCUGCUUGUUUCUCUGCAGAGCCACCACCAGCACUGCAACCAUUACAUUUUCAAAAGUUUCACCCCUUGACACUAUUCUACAUCUUUUACAGCAUGCCUAAGGAUGUCGCUCAGUUAUAUGCUGCUAAUGAACUAUACAAUAAAGGGUGGUUUUACCACAAAGACUACCGUGUCUGGCUCACAAGAGCUCCUAAUUCCGCACCUCUUGUGAAAACUCCGCUUCAUGAACGAGGGUCCUACAUCUGUUUUGAUCCAAGCAUCUGGGAUACUGUCCAUAAGGACAACUUUGUUCUCCAUUACGAAGCAGUGGAGAAGAGACCUGUCCUUCCUUCUGCUGGCCAAAAUAUUAGGCGAGAAUUAUAA